AUGAGUGGCAACCUGUUUGCUAGGAGAGAUAUUUGGGACUACGCAGGAUACGAGCUGCGUCUAAACCGCCAGGACCUGGACCCGAACCUGCCCGAGCAAAUCAUUUGCUCCCGAUGCUUGUCCGAGCUCCCACAGCAGUGUUUUUCGGCGACUCAGCUGGCUCACCUGAACGAUGCGCUUGACACCCAGGGCACUAAGGUGCUCCAUGCCGAAGGUGACUUCCAAGCCAAAUGCUAUAAAUGUAUUGAUGACAGCAAACGGAUCGAAUACAGGUGCCGAUUCUGCAAUGAGUGGAAACCUGUGUGGUGGUUUGCUCGUAGUCAACAUACUCGUGCAUUUCAGCAAUCACAUUCGCAGCCAGUCUGCAUGCCCUGUCAGGACAAGAAUUUCGAAAAUAUCGGUCUUAGCCAGCUGCGACUGUCGCCUGCACCGGAAGCCGAGCAGGUGCCGGGAAUAGGACUGUCUUCUCGCACGGAAAUCAGGUCGCCGAAUUUGAUUCUCGGUUGGGAUGAGGAAGAAGGUUUUGCCAGUAGUAGCAAGUCGCCGCCCAGUUUGAUUCUGGACUGGGAUGAGAAGGAAGGCCGCCUUUCUAAGGGAGACUCACCCGAUUCCUUUAUGGACUGGGAGGAGGACAAAGACCCUUUCAGAAAAGGGAAAGAAAUUGUUCGUAGGCAAGAGCCUCUUUCCAGGGAGGAGAUUGAGGACGCUCUCAGGGCAUCUCGGGAGACCGAAGAGUUCCUGUGA